AUGUCCAAAUCCUCUUCAGCGUCGUCGUCUUCCACAGGAACGACACCGUCUCCUUCCAUAAAACACGAAUCCUACUCUCACAGUCCAGUCCACUACGCCGUCGUAUUAGGCGACCACACAACACUCACCCGCCUCCUCUCCACUCUCCCCAAACUCACUGACCCCACCAAAAUCCACACCGAGUCAGACUCACUGAGUCAAGAGCAACUCGCUGACAAAAUCUCAUCUCUCGUAGAUCGCCGUGAUGUCCCUUACCGUGAAACACCUCUCCACCUUGCUGUCCGCUUAAACGACCUCUUCGCUGCCAAAUCCCUCGCAGCUGCUGGCGCUGACGUGUCGUUACAGAACUCAGCUGGUUGGAACCCACUGCAGGAAGCAUUAUGUCGCCGGUACUCAGAAAUCGCUCUCAUUCUCCUCCGUCUCCACCACCGCUCCGCCUGGUCCAAGUGGCGCCGGCGUCUGCCUCGUCUGACUGCCGUCCUCCGCCGCAUGCGUGAUUUCUACAUGGGAAUUUCGUUCCACUUUGAAAGUUCAGUCAUCCCUUUUGUAAACAAGCUUGCUCCAUCGGACACUUAUAAGAUCUGGAAACGUGACGCUAAUCUCCGAGCAGAUACUACCUUAGCUGGCUUUGACGGCUUGAAAAUCCAACGCGCCGAUCAAAGUUUCCUCUUCCUCGGCGACGGUGAUCAAGCACACUCCAUUCCUCCCGGUUCUCUCUUAGUUCUGAACCAUGAUGAACGUAAAAUCUUUGACGCAUUCGAAUCCGCCGGAGCUCCGAUGAGCGAGUCUGAUAUCGCCGGAUUCUGCUCCCAAACAAGCGUGUACCGUCCCGGCAUGGAUGUUACUAAAGCCGAAUUAAUAAGCCGAACAAAUUGGAGACGGCAAGAGAAAACAGAGUCUGUUGGCGAAUGGAAAGCUAAAGUUUACGAAUUAAACAACGUCCUCUUUAGCUUCCGAUCUCGUAAAGUCAGCGAAAACGACGUCGCGGGAAGCGAGCAAGUUUUGCCGUUAGAGCUUGACGAAGACGAUGACGGUUUUUUAGUAGCUGAAAACCACAGCUUUCUUAAUUUUGAAUUUAAUAAUGGAAAUGAUAGUAAAAGGAGGCAUAGCAGUUUCGUGAGGGAGGAGAGGGAGUUUGUAAGCGUAGGGAGGAAGAGUGUGGAUAUAUAUCCGUCGUCUACAGUGGCAGAGAGGAGGAGGAGGGUGGUGGCGGUGCCGGAGAAAGUGAAGGAGAAAGAGUAUGUGAGGAGUUUGAAGCCGUCAGUUUGGUUAACGGAACAGUUUCCGCUAAAGCUUGAGGAGGUAAUGCCGUUACUUGACAUUUUGGCGAACAAAGUCAAAGCCGUUAGGAGAAUGCGUGAAUUGCUCACUACUAAAUUUCCGGCGGGAACUUUUCCGGUCAAGGUGGCGAUUCCGGUGGUCCCGACAGUAAGGGUGGUGAUAACAUUCACAAAGUUUGUUGAGCUACCACCAACGGAACAAUUCUACACUCCACUUUCAAGUCCAAGACACUUUGGUGGGCAUGGAGGAAGUAGAGUAGGAUCAGCAGACGACGAUGAUAAAAAAUCAGACACACAUUAUUCAUCGUUACCAUCAUCGUCGUCGUCGACGUCCACCUCAUGGUUGCGGCGAAACAGCAGCCAGUCAGCGAGCAAGCACCACCACCACCAACGACAAUGUUCUUCAGCUGGGCAGCAACUUACCGACCCUUUUGCUAUACCCAGUGGAUAUACAUGGACAAGCGUUGAUGAUAAGCCUAGCAAAAUGAAGAAAUCUAAGUCUGUAAGGAAAUCUAAGUAA